UUGACGUUCGUUGCGUUUGGACGGAGUUAAACCGUUGCUCCCGGUAGGCCAUUUGUGAGGCCGUGGCAUAAUCCUUGAAUGAGGUUUUUGUUUGUUGCUUGAGGAGGAGUGAGGCUUCUUCAUCUGCACUCGUUCGAAAGAGCCGAAUAAACCACAGCCAUUGUGGGAAGAACCAUUAAACGUUCCGGAGAGUGAGAGAAGAACGAACGUCUUGGGUACGAUACGGGUCGCGUGGUGUUUUAGUUUUUUGUUUUUCGAAAGCGGCCGUCCGCAUGGUGAAGAAGACCCAAGCAGUGAGUGUUUUUUCGGUCGUUUUUCGGUCCGUUUGGAAGCUCCAGUGAGCUGGAGUGCUGCGGCAAUCAUAAUUGUGGAACCCGUGGACGUAUUUCUGUGUAACAAGGGGGGGCUCACAUUGGAAAGGUGGGCCAGCGGCCAGUACGUGUAAUACCGAACGGAUCGGUAACAUAGACGUUAGAGUGCCGAGGAUUUGAUGUUGGAGUGUUUUUUCUUCGAUUGGAACCAACGGUUGAUACUUUGAACCUUAUUGGCUUGUUUGUUUGGUUUGAUUUUUUUUUGUAUCGAAACGUUGAAUCGUUGAGAACAACAAAAUCGUGGAGCAGAACAGGGAAUACAAAUAGAAAACCUACAAAAAAUACUACAGCAGAACGUAUAACGACGACGUCCACUUGACUUACCGACUCGUGGAUGUUUCCAUCUAGGCGAAUUACCUUACAACGAUCGGCGCUUGUGGAGGCGGAAUCUAACUAGUGAUUGCCUUUUUCGUUGGGCGGUUUUGAUGAGCUUCUUGCAAAUAAACAACGAUCUCUACAGAGCGAGAGCUCAUGUGAAUUUUACACAACGCUGGAGAAUUGAAUGCUCGCUUUGACUGAAGUUGGAGUGUUCCAUUCAGACAAGUUCAUGCCCAUCGGUGAUUGAACCUUUUCAUACGGAAUAACUAUGCAAACGAUGAAUGGAGUUCGGAUUCUGUGAAAGCGUAGUGAAAUUUAGUGAAUCCUUUUGCAAAAUCAUCGCAAAACAUUCUAUCCGAGGGUAGCCAGUGAAAAGUCAACUAGUAGAAGAACAGAAUGACCUCGAGUGACGUUGGUGUGUCGUGGGUGACAAACCGCGGUGGAUUUUUGCCCCGGCUGGUGCUGUUCACCCUGCUUCUGCCGGCAGCAGUUUUCUGCAGCACCGGAAACUCGGCAGUCUUCGUGGAAAAGUCCGCUUACAAAAAUGUCGUCAUCGAGAUCAGGGAUAAUGUGCCGGUGGAAAACUGCCAAACCAUUUUGCAUAACGUGGAGAUCAUGGUCACAUCGGCGUCGCAGUAUCUGUUUUCGGCUUUGGAUGGGCGCAUCUAUUUCGGCGAAAUCACGGUAAUUCUGCCACCUCAUUGGCCAAACUCCUGUAUUCCGUACAACCAAACGCGAACAUCGGCCAGUGGGGAGCGAAGUGAUGUCACUAUCAAAGCCCAUACCAAAACGGAGUCUUCAAUCUGGACCAAGCAAUACGCGGGCUGUGGACAGCCGGGAGAUCAGAUCUUCAUUGAUGCCGACAUCCUUGGAAGGGACACCAUUGGGCGGGAGUUCAUCCGGGAAUGGGCCAAGUACCGAUAUGGCGUAUUCGACGAGAUUGGUUUCGCCAAGGAUCCAAUUUAUCCACGGUGCUACAUCAAUGACGAUCACGAGCUUAAACUAAGUGGCUGCUCAGACGCACCCGUGCACGAUCGAGGUCUGUGUGCAAAUCCUUCUUCGUACAAUAUAAGUGAUGUGAUCGAUCGGAACGCACGUUCCAGCAUAAUGUUUGCAGCUGAGUCCCCUAGUGUGACGAUGUUCUGCGACGAAGGAACUCACAAUCGCUACGCUCCCACUAAACACAAUCAGCUGUGCGAUCGCCGAAGUACCCUGGAUGUAAUCCUCAAACACAACGACUUCCUCAUGGAAAACCACAUCAACGUAAACCCUUCCAUCAUAAUCAACACAACACCCAAGUUCAGCUACAAAACACGCAAAUCAACGCGCUACGUCUUGAUCAUAGACGAAACACUCGACAUGCAGCUGCGUGAAUCGUGGAGUUUUCUUCGUUCGGCAAUACGCAAGUGGGUGGUUCACGAUCUUCCUGCAAACACCGAAGUUGGAAUGGUCCUCGCAAACGAUACCGCAACCGAAAAGAUGCUUCAAAUAUCCUCCCUCUACAUCCAGGAAAACAAGGACCUGGUGGCCUCCUUCAUUCCCUACUCUCCGAGUGAUUCCCGUCAACCGGCUUGCCUCACCUGUGCCGUAUCCGACGCCAUUCACAUGCUAAACGAACACAGCCGUAUCAAUGGGCCAGCAAAUUCCAUAAUCCUCAUCAUAGCUCCAGGAAUGGAAUACUCUAUCGAUCACACUUCCCUGUCGAACUCCGCUCGUGCUUCCCGAAUCCGCAUUUCCACCAUUAACUAUCCGAACGUCAUCCGACGCCAGCCUUUGGAUGCUUUAUCUUUAGCCACCGGAGGAACUGCUCACUCCGUUUUCGAAAGCAAGUACAACCUGGAGAAAAGUUUCCUCACCACUUACUUCGAGCUAUCCAAUACGCUUUUCAAUAUCGGCAAACACUACUACGAAGGGAUUCGAAACGAUUUGCCGAUCGAAAUCUACCGAAAGCAGCUGCUUGAUAACGAUGAUGACGAGAAUGAAACACACAUGUUAGCUAAGCGAACCAGCCGCACGGUCACGGGAAGUUUCACACUGGACUCAUAUAUGGGCUUACCAGCGUAUUUCUUUGUGUAUGUGCACAACCCGGAGAACCCGCUGAUAACAGGAAUGAAACUGACGAGCCCCAGUGGAGUUGUUUACUCAUCUAGAAGUGACGCUAGAUCGUUGGUUAAGCAACUCAUGGUAUCGGCUACGUUGAAUGAAACCGGAAGCUGGAUGUACAAGAUCGAUCGAUUCAACGGAAACCCGCAGCCACAUUUCGUGCAGGUGCUGGCUACGCCACGUUCCAAGCAUGCUCCGACCAUUCAAGCUAGAGCAUGGAUUCGGCAGCGCAGCGGAGGUCCACCGAUCAUCUACGCCGAGGUAAAACGAGGAGAUCUACCAAUCGCUGCUGCUUUGGUUGAAGUUUCUGUUACGCGACCGGAUGGGAUUUGUCCAGCGGGUAGUGGGAACGAGUGUCGACAAAAGUUUCGGUUGCUGGAUUCGGGUUCUGGAGAUCCAGACAUCACAAGAAACGAUGGAAUCUACUCGAGAUAUUUCAAUGCAGAAGAUUUUGGUGGGGCUGGAGCGUACCAGUUUGAAGUUACUGUUACCGACAACGGAAACAUGGCUUACACUCGAUCGGAGAGUGUUUUGAAGGGAGCUCCACCUCGUUGUUGUGGAAGUACGAUCCGUUCAAAUCUGAUCUCAUCUACGGUUCCUUUCCAGAGAACUCUUCAGCCCAUAACGGUGUUUCUCUCGCAAGAUCAGCUGGAUGAAGUGGGGUAUCGCACAAUGGGUAAAAUAAGUGAUUUAACGGUUGAUGUCGAGGGAAUGCGAGUCCGUAUUAACUGGACCACUCCUGAUAUGGGAGGUCGUUCAAUUGCUCGUUAUGAAGUGAAAUAUGCUACAUCGAUCCGUGAUAUUGUUGAUUAUUAUGACACUGCUGCGUUCUUAUGGCAUCAUGACACCCCAUUGAUAAAUUCUAUCGGAGAAGAAAGUUCGUUUAACAUGAAUCUUUCCCACGAGCCUCAUCUUAUCGGACAAGUGUUGUACUUUGCUGUUCGAGCUCACGCGCUUGGCGUAGCAGGUGGAUCGGUUUCUAACUAUGUGAGAGUUUUUGUCCCGAAACCAAAACGCGCCACUUCGCUGUCACCCUCUACUUCUGCGGGGACGGAGAGCUAUGAAUCUGUUUGGUCUUCAUACGAUGAAAUUCGUGAAAAUCACAACCGAAGAGUACACAUUCAUCAACGUAUUGCAGACACAAUUAGUCUGGAAAUGGAGGUUUUACUGGCAAUAAUAGCAGGAGCUGUCUUCUUGAUCAUAGUCAUUCUGAUUUGCUGCUACUUUUACUUUGUGCGGAAACGAAACAACGCGCAAGAAGAUGAUCAGAAGCGACCGAUCAAACCUCAAUUUCCUAGUGAAACAAAAACAGCUCUUGGUCACAACGUAUUCGUAACACCAGGCAAUGUAACUUCAUCAUCUUCGAACGCGACCAGUUCCACAUCCGCGUCCCCUGACUGCGUCCAACAAACGAAUGUAUCCUCCAACAUCCCAACCAUCUACAACUCAAGAACUCUACCAAUUGAACAGAAACUAAUUGAUGAACUUAAACAGCAACAGCAGAUCGUCGACACUCAAUCGUACAUCAUCCAAGCUAACGAGCCCAUUACCUACAACACGACUCUCUCUCGGAGCUACAAUCCAGUGCCCAUAGGAGACAACCGAACGCUAAGCCCAUUCGAAUCGUGGUCCGCAUCGCAACUAUUGCAAGAACACGAACAGCAUCAAAAGCGGAGAAGUCCAAGUUUGAUGGACAAUUACCUGGACAGCGAUGUCCAACAAUAUUACGCUAGCCAACACGAUCAAAUGUCCUUACUAACCGGCAAUAACCCACCGGUACCUCCACCACCAAUCUACACAACCAACAAUGGUCCAUAUUUCUACGAACAAACACUGCAGCAGCAGCAGCAACAUCCAAACCCACACCAAAUACAGCUGCCUCCGCAGCACGCACAGCUUCUUCAUCAGCAACAGCAACAACAGCAGCAGUACACUCACGAUCAGCUGAACUCCGCCAUGACGACGCCACUACACGUAACCAUCACGUAAUAGCCGGCGAAGGCGGGACCAGCUGAUGUAGUCCCAGAGGCCAGUAACGCGAGUACCUUGACCCGGAAACAGAUGCCAGAGAACGGAGCUCGUAACGAGUUCCGGCUUACGACGAUAACGUUCAAAAAUCCCUUCGGUGGAAUUAGAAAAUUGCUGCGAGGUGAAGAGGUGGCUGUGAUGAAAGAUGCUUAGUUUUAAUUACUUAGAGUGCAACACUGCGCGUUUGAUUGCCAGAAGACUGAUUUCAUGCUGAGGACUAAUUAGAGUUUAAUUUGAGAAUGCAAGCACCCGCUGAUUGUUAUUUAUGAACUUGCGACGUUUAGUAAUUAAAAACCCUCGUAUAUAUGAAAAAAAAACAACAACAGAAAAACACCAUUAAAACUUUGCAUUGCUGAUGCAAGUGAGUGUGUGAUCGCGCAAAGAAUUGAACUGUUACAGGCCAGUACAUAGUAGGACAUUAAAUCAAUUAAAACAUGUAAAACUUUAUCCAAAAAUGUGAGAAGGUGAAAAAAGCAGCAAUCGUACGUAAGAAGUUUCAAACACAUGAUAAAAAAUAAAUUGUGAAAACCAAAAUGAAUAUAACUACAAAGCAAAAACAAAAAACACAACACAAAAUAGACCAGUACGGUGCAGUGGAAGGAAUUUGAUCGAUGUUGCUAGUCCCCCCCUUGAAGUGCGAUUCCGAAGUGGUAAACUGAAAGUUACUUCGGGGUCGGUUGUUUUUUAUAAAUGUAAAUCAAAUAACAAAACUAGAAUCUCUAUCGUAGUUAUAAUAAUAAGAAGAUGGAAAUUGUAAAUAUAUCUAUUUCGAAUAAAACAAUAAAACAGUAAUUGCUGAUAAAAUUUGA